AUGCCAAUAUCUAAAACCAUUAACAUGAAAACAGAUAUAGAAUUUAAUAUAGAUGGAAUUCUAAGAUAAAUGAUAAAUGAACUAUUUAAUGAAAUUAUGACUAGCUAUAAAAGCAAUCUAUAAUUAUUUAUAGACAGAUCUGAAGUCAAUUAAAAACAUUAUUGA